GCACAAACUUAUCUGCAUUCGAUCAGCUGGUCUUGACUCUGGCAUGGAACCGUGUAGACAUUGCCAAGAAUCACGUGUUUGUGUAUGGACAGCAGCUCCUGGUGAGCUCUUUGGAGCAAGCCAUGUUGGAUGCACUUGUAAUGGACAGGGUGGAUUUUGUCAAACUGCUCAUAGAAAACGGUGUGAGCAUGCAUCGUUUCCUAACAAUCAGCCGGCUGGAGGAGCUCUACAACACGAAACUUCCAAACAACCUGACUCUCCUCCACCUGGUUAGAGAUGUUAAAAAGAGUCAUCUGCCUCCAAAUUAUAGAAUCACUUUGAUUGACGUGGGCCUGGUCAUUGAGUUCCUGAUGGGUGGGACUUACAGGUGCAACUACACCAGGAAACGCUUCCGAAUAAUUUACAACAAUCUCCAUGGUAUCAGCAGGAGGUCGGGGCGCCUCACAGGAGGCCCUGGUUCUCAGCUGAGGAAAGGUCAUGAGUCUUUCAGCAUGCAGGCUGACAAAAAGGAGAAGACAAGACACAACCACUUCAUCAAGACUGCACAGCCAUACAAACCAAAGCUCGAGUCUUCCAUGGAGCAGAGCAAAAAGAGCAAAGAGGAGAUUGUCGACAUAGAUGACCCAGAGACACGGCGGUUUCCUUACCCUUUCAAUGAGCUGCUGGUGUGGGCUGUGCUGAUGAGGAGACAGAAAAUGUCACUCUUCUUCUGGCAGCACGGUGAGGAGAACAUGGCCAAGGCACUGGUGGCAUGUAAACUCUGCAGGUCUAUGGGCUAUGAAGCCAAAAAGAGUGAUGUGGUGGACGACACGUCAGAGGAGCUCAAGGAAUACUCAAAUGAGUUUGGGACGUUAGCAGUGGACCUGCUGGAGCAGUCGUUCAGGCAAGAUGAGACCAUGGCCAUGAAGCUGCUGACAUAUGAGCUAAAGAACUGGAGCAAUUCCACCUGUUUGAAGUUGGCUGUCUCGUCACACCUACGGCCCUUUGUGGCUCACACAUGCACCCAGAUGUUGCUGUCAGACAUGUGGAUGGGAAGGCUGAACAUGCGCAAGAACUCCUGGUACAAGGUGAUUCUGAGUAUCAUGGUGCCUCCUGCCAUCCUUCUGUUGGAGUACAAAUCCAAGGCUGAGAUGGCACACAUCCCUCAGAGUCAGGAUGAUCAUCAAAUGACCAUGGAGGACAGCGAACACAACUUCCAGAACACAGCUGAUGAUAUCCAAAUGGAUGUGUUUAAGGAGACCAGAUCCAGUGACCAUGUGGAGGUGAAAAAUGACAUGGAGACUCAUGUUCGCUCCAGGAAGCUGCCUUUAGGAAGGAAAUUUUAUGCCUUCUACCAUGCUCCCAUUGUCAAGUUCUGGUUCAACACGCUCUUCUAUUUGGGCUUCUUGAUGUUGUACACAUAUGUGGUCCUGGUGAAAAUACCUGAAUGGCCUUCUCCUCAAGAGUGGGUGGUGAUCCUCUACAUCUUUACCUCUGCCAUUGAGAAAAUUCGAGAGAUGUUCAUGUCUGAAGCAGGCAAAAUAAGCCAGAAGGUGAAGGUCUGGUUCAGUGACUAUUUCAAUGUUUCUGACUUUCUGGCCUUAGUGAGCUUCUUUAUUGGCUUUGGCCUGAGGUUGGCUGGAGGUGAUGCCUUCGUCCCUGGGAGGACAGUUUAUUGCCUCAAUAUCAUUUUCUGGUAUGUGCGACUCCUGGAUAUCCUGGCUGUCAACCAGCAAGCUGGGCCAUAUGUCAUGAUGAUUGCUAAAAUGGUGGCCAACAUGUUUUAUAUUGUAGUAAUAAUGGCUGUUGUCCUGUUGAGCUUUGGCGUACCCAGGCAAGCCAUUCUGAAGCCAAAUGAAGAGCCCAGCUGGACAUUGGCCAAAGAUGUGGUUUUCCAACCAUACUGGAUGAUGUAUGGGGAAGUGUAUGCCUAUGAAAUCGAUGUGUGCGCCAAUAACAGUGAAGUAAAGGCCCUGUGUGGACCAGCAGUGUGGUUGACUCCGUUUCUACAAGCAGUCUACCUCUUUGUACAGUAUAUACUAAUGGUCAACCUUCUCAUUGCCUUCUUCAACAAUGUGUAUAUGCAAGUAAAGUCCAUUGCUAAUCUGGUGUGGAAGUACCAGCGCUACCACUUCAUUAUGGCCUACCACGAGAAGCCUGUCCUCCCACCUCCCUUCAUCCUCCUGUGCCAUAUCUGCUCCCUCUUCUGUAUGUGUAGAAAGAGGAAGAAGGAGAAUACCUAUGGACCAAAGCUGUUUCUCACUGAGGAAGACCAAAAGAAGCUUCAUGAUUUUGAGGAGCAGUGUGUUGAGACCUACUUUCAUGAAAAGAAUGAUCAGUUUCACUCGGGAAGUGAGGAGCGCAUACGUCUUACCUCAGAAAGGGUUGAGGCCAUGUGUUUGCAGCUGAAGGAGGUUGGGAACAAGGUCAACUUUAUAAAACGCUCUCUGCACACACUGGAUUCCCAGAUUGGCCACCUUCAGGACCUCUCAGCUCUGACUGUGGACACUCUGAAGACCCUCAGUGCCCAGAGGGUGUCAGAGGACAGCAAGGUCCACAAUCAGAUCACCCGGGAGCUCAGCCUGUCUAAGAAUGUGGUCCCCAGCAUCGCCCCAACAGACACCGGCCCCCACUCCAAAUCAUCUGUGAUAGGCAAACGCAGUGUGGGGGCCUUCUUCGGCUCCUCUUUCCCCCAGACAGGAGCCAACAUAGCAGAUUCUCUUUUUGGGAUUGGUGUAGGGGGAGGAGCUGGGACGGAGAGAAACAAGGAAGUUUGGGCCAGCCCUGGAGCAGAACUGGGGCGGGACCCCAACCUGAAUCUGGCAUUGAGUCCAGAGAGGAGGGGGUUGUUUGGGCUCGGGCACCUUGCUGCAGAGGCUGGCUCCUCAGGCAGUGUUGGCUCCAGUGCCCUUGUCCAAAGUGCUGUGGCCAUUUCCCCUUUGGAGCUGCAUCUGCAAGGCCCCUCUCUCACCCAGAGUAAGCUAACUGGUCCACAAGAGCUGGGCCGUUCUGACUCUCUAUCCAGCCUGCCCAGUGUGCCCUCCCCUGUGGCUCAGUUCCACAUCAGCAGCACCCCUUCCCAGUCCAGUGCCUCCAGCCACCCAGAGCUCGCCCCAGCUGGGCAAUGCCAGCAGCUGCCCCAGCCAGACAGCACCACAGUAGAGUUUGGUGUCUUUGUGGGACAUAAAGAGAGUUUGAACCUCCAGGACUCUACACCCAAGGACGACACUACCUCCAGCAGACGGCAAAGCCCGACCACACAGAGCAGAUUGCAGCUGCAGGCUCAGCCUGAAGGUCAGAGUCAUAUCAGAGCAGUCAAUUCUUAUGCUGGCUUCACAGAGCUCCACAGAAACCCGGCUUUUCUCCAUCCUGACCCCACUCUGACAAAGAAGGAUCGGAGCAGAGUUUCAGCUGAAAAUGUCUGCACCCAUGAGGACCCCAGGGUCACAGUACCAGAAACAGUUCAUGUCAAAUCAGCUCAACCCAGCAGCCUGCGAGCCCCUGGAAAAGAUGCACUAAAUGCUGCAGUUUCUCACUACAUGCCACGUCAGAGCCACCUGGGACCCCGAAAGGACUCUAUUGGCUCCCCUUUCAAGCCCAUGGAGAGCUACCAGUACUCAGCUGUUGAGCGCAACAACUUGAUGAGGCUGUCGCAGAGUAUCCCCUUCACCCCUGUGCCCCCUAGAGGAGAGCCGGUGACUGUCUACCGCCUGGAGGAGAGCUCCCCCAACACUAUCAACAACAGCAUGUCUUCCUGGGCCCAGCGAGGCCUCUGUGCUAAAAUCGAGUUCCUCAGCAAGGAGGAGAUGGGCGGAGGACUCAGGCGGGCCCUCAAGGUGCUCUGCACUUGGUCAGAGUACGACAUCCUGAAACCAGGACACCUGUAUAUAGUCAAGUCUUUCCUUCCUGAAGUGGUCCAAACCUGGCAGAGCAUCUAUAAGGAGGACACUGUGCUGCACCUUUGUCUCAGGGAAAUUCAGCAACAGAGAGCUGCACAGAAGCUGACGUUUGCCUUCAACCAAGUCAGGCCAAAGACAGUUCCUUAUUCACCAAGGUUUCUGGAGGUGUUCCUGCUCUACUGUCACUCUGCUGGACAGUGGUUUGCUAUAGAAGAGUGCAUCACUGGGGAGUUCAGGAAGUUCAACAACAACAAUGGAGAUGAGAUUGUGCCCACCAACCUCCUGGAGGAAACCAUGCUGGCCUUCAGCCACUGGACCUACGAGUACACCCGUGGAGAGCUGCUGGUGCUCGACCUGCAGGGUGUGGGAGAGAUUCUGACAGAUCCCUCAGUCAUAAAGAGCGGAGAGAAGGGAUCCUAUGAUAUGGUGUUUGGACCAGCCAACCUGGGCGAUGACGCCAUCAGGAACUUCCGUGCAAAACACCACUGCAACUCCUGCUGUCGGAAACUCAAACUUCCUGAUCUGAAGAGGAACGACUAUACACCAGACAAGUUGACCUUCCCACAGGACGACCCUCCCAACCCAGGGGGCAGCGUCAAGGAGUUCCGCCAGUCAAUGAAACUGAUGCUGUGAUCAGUGAACGCUCACAAUGUGAUACUGACGUAGAAGGGCACACCCAGUCAACUGGAAGAAUCAUAACUGGGUUACCACAGAAAGUAGUGCAUGUAGACUGUCCUGUGUUUGUUGGUCUGGCCAUCAUGCUGUGUCGAACACAUUUCAACCAUCUUCACCUUUUGUGUUUUACAACAUUCACAGGGUGAAAAUUUUUUAAGUUUUUUUUACACAUUUAGGAAUAUACAUACAUAUGAACUAUCGACGGGUGCAGAGCUUAUUUAUUCUGAAGAAGUUGCCUUGUUUUAGCAAAAAAGAAGUCUAAGUGCUUUGUACAUACAUCUGUUACAGCAGCUUCAGAGAAGGCCUGCUGAGAUUCAGUCACUGCGACAAUGCAGUUUGCAACCACAUUUUUAUAAAUAUAUAGUCUUGUAUCACCAAUUUCUGUCUUAGUUAAUGAAAAGAUAUGAAUUUGAAAUCAUGUAAAAUAUGGGCAGAUUGCAAUGCAGCUUUUACAGAAUAAUGUAUGUAAUUUAGUUGUAUUGAAAGUGUGUCCACCAAAAUAUUGCUAAUAGUUUUUAUUGUUACAAAGGUACUAUUGCUAUAUCUUUGUCAUCUAUUGUUUGAGCAAAUUACAAUCUAGUGUAUCUUAUAGAUACUGUUAUCUGGCACCGGCUCAACUGAGUGAUGAACUUAAGGCUAUUACUGUAAACAUUUUGUACCAUUUUAAACAAAUAAAAUAUAUAAAAAAGAAUGCUUUGGCACCAAAUCUGAAAAAAAUCAGUGUUGCACUACGUGGCCUGAUUAACAUCAAAUGAUUGUUUUUUCCCCUACAGCAAGUUGGUAGUCUGUAUUUGAAAGGUUUUACUCUUUAGCCUUCUAGACCUGGAAUAAUCAGCUGAUUUGUGGCUGGUUUCUGAAUGUGAGAGUUUGGUGCUUUUGUCGUAUACAAUGUAAUAGUGAACUGUGUGUUUUAGACUUGGGUGCAGUAAUUAAUCAAUUUGAGUACAUCAUCUCAGUCUUGGGGAAAUUUUCACAAUUUUCUGAGCUUUUAUGUAGAAAAUAAGUUGUACAUAUAAACAACAUUUAAAAUACUUGAUUAAGAAAAUUAUUAGCAGCUCUGCUUUGAUAGGUUCUGCCCAUAUUGAGGUGUGUGGCCAUGUUUUCAUGCGCCAUUAUUGCAAGUGCUGGAUGUAAAAUUUAAUUGGAAACUGUUGCUGCUGAUGUGUUGAGCCUAUCAUCAGCAGUGCAGUGACAUGCUGGAGAUGACAGACUGGUAAAUUCCUGAAGCUAUGUAGGGGACUGUGGGUCUGGCCUCAGGUCCCUCAGGUGAACAGUAGCUGCUGGUAUUUGCCUCCAUGGACAAUUGCCUCCAUUCAUGUGCCCCUGACUAACCUGAUAGACUGCUCCCCUGUACACCUGUGUGAUCAUGUGAUUGUUGUGCUUAGGACACUGGGCUGAUUGUCUACCCUGACUAAACAGAAUUGUCACGGGUCCGCAGCAGGGAUGUGUGGACAAAAAAAAAAAAAUUUCCCCUAACACUGUCACCCCUUUCACGGGGGGCAGAGUUUACCCUGAGCUGGUUCCUGUGCUCUGCAGUAACAGGCUUUCAUUUUUAUUUUGCCUUGAGUUUGCAUUUGUAUGUUUUCUUGAGCCUUAAGUCAAAUACCAGAUAGACAAUGGCACUGUAAUCACAUUGAAACAAUAUUGUUGGUCAGGUGGUUGGUUCACAAGUGGUUGGACAGACUGGACCUUUCCCCUGGGUGGUGUUUAUAAAACGUAUAAUCAUGACUGCAUGUUGACAGGUGUGAGGCUUAUACACAGACCAAACACAAAACCAUGGCUGCACUUACCAUUGAAUAUUGGUAUGUUUUUAACUUCAUUAACUCUGUUGUCCUGAUUAGCACCUGCCACAUUCAUUUUUAACCAACAGAUGCACAGUGCUAAAUGGUAAAUAAGGCUGUAGUCAUAACUUAAGGCCUAUGGUGAAAAAUAACUUUUUUCAGUUUGUAGCAGUCCUGUCUUUAUGCACAUAAUGUGACUAUACAGCUUUACUUUUCCAGUUAAAGUAACAUUAAGUUUCAGAAUAAGCUGAAGGAUCAGGCAGAAUAGAGUUUGAGUAGACUAAACACUACUACAUAUUUUAAUUGAACUUAUUCAUAUUGACUGGAAAUGCACAUUUUCUUUGCAUAUAACUUUCACUACCUCAUAAAGGAUUUCUGCAGAAUUCAAAACAAACUAAAUUCUGAGUUCAGUGAGCCAGUUAGGCACGAUGUCAGUAAGACUUUUACAGUAAAUGUACACACACAACAUGCUUUUAUUCAUCCUCUAAAGCAGUUAUAAAUCUGAAGGCUUGCCAGACUUGGCCUUUAGCCUUACAUUUUUUCAUGUGAAUAACUGGACACCUUUUAUUUCUCUGAAAACUACCCAAAUAAA